UUGAAGUUGUCAUAUUUUAUUUGUCAUUGUCAAUUGUCAUUUCAUCCAAACUUUGUUACUUGCAGUUUUGAGUUUGGAAGUUUUCAUUGCUAUUACAAGUUUCUUUUGUAUAAGUUUUAUAAAUAUUGUUAAUCGUUAACAUAGUCCUGUUUACAAAAUGUUUCUUACAAGAAGUGAAUACGAUAGGGGAGUCAAUACCUUUUCACCCGAAGGAAGAUUAUUUCAAGUAGAAUAUGCCAUAGAAGCUAUUAAGUUAGGAUCUACCGCUAUUGGAAUAUGCACCAGUGGUGGAGUAGUGCUUGCUGUAGAAAAACGCAUUACUUCCCCAUUAAUGGAACCUACUACGAUUGAGAAAAUUGUAGAAGUUGACAAACAUAUUGGAUGUGCGGUUUCAGGACUUAUGGCAGAUUCAAGGACUAUGAUAGAUAGAGCUCGUGUGGAAUGUCAGAAUCAUUGGUUUGUCUACAAUGAAAAUAUAAGUGUAGAAUCCUGUGCACAAGGUGUAUCAAAUUUGGCUAUUCAGUUCGGAGAUUCUGAUGAAGAUGGUGCAGCCAUGUCUAGACCUUUUGGAGUAGCAAUUUUGUUUGCUGGUAUAGAUGAAAAAGGACCUCAGUUGUACCAUAUGGAUCCAUCAGGAACAUUUGUUCAGUUUGACGCAAAGGCGAUAGGAUCAGGAUCCGAGGGUGCACAGCAAAGUUUACAGGAGGCAUAUCAUCGCAGUAUGACCCUGGAAGAAGCUACCACAACUGCUUUAACAAUUCUAAAACAAGUUAUGGAAGAAAAGUUGAAUUCUUCAAAUGUUGAGGUUAUGACUAUGACUCCAAAAGAUAUGUUCCACAUGUUCACAAAGGAACAAGUGGAAGAGGUAAUUGCUAAAUUGUCUUAACUUAGGAAGUAAGCUAAAUUUUGAAAAGGGUUAAUUUUAUAUAAGUUUUUUUCUUUAUAAAUACGAAUAAAAAAAUAAUAAUG